UGUGCAGGAGAACAUGUGUCUUAAAGCAAAUCAAAGCUGGAUAGUUUCCUGUAGCAUUGGGAUGUCCCAAGAUCUAAAGUGUUCCUGAGUAUAAUAAUGUCGGGACAAAGUUGUUCUGACCUCACUCAAGAAGAGAGAGGUAUGGGAGGGUCAGCAAGUGAGAGUGAAGACCACCUAUGCAAUAACAGAUCCUAAGGUUCAUGAAUGAUCUCACAUGGAGAAUUUGAACUCUAAUGGCAAUGUCCUCCAUUCAAGCAGAGAUUAAAGAAGCUUUGAGGAAAGAAGGAGGCUGAGAGCAGAGAAAAUACCACCCACAGUGUGACUGCAGAAAGCUCAUGUGAUCCAUCUCAGUAAACACACUGCUGAUGUUCUUGGGUGCCUGGGCCUAGAGGAGUAGAGCUGGCUUUUUGGUCUUGUGUGUGAAGAAGCUGUCUUGGGAUUCUGCACCAGUGGCUCUUGGCCUCCUCCAUCACUGCCAGGAGCAGAUCUUGAGCCAUGGCUUUCUGCACUUGAUAUCAACAACUUAGAAGGUCUCUCAUUUAAUUCCCCUUUCUUAUGUUAUGAUUCAAUCUGCAGGGCUAUCUCAGGUAGUCCAAGAUAUAAAAUACAUAGGGAGAUGAGUGAACACAAGGAAAAAUAGUCCAUAUUUGCUUAUUAUCUAGGCCAGGUCCAGGGGAACUGAACUGAAGAGGCUUCUACUUUUUUUAAUUUACACUUUUCAAAAUAUUACAAUGCCCAGGAACAAAUUAAGGCAGGUUUUGAGAGAAUGCUGAACUAUGACUUUCAAGAUAACCCCCAUUCAACUUUGAUACCAAAUUAUUUUGAAAAUCCCUUAAGAAAAUGCUUUCCAGUCUUGCUGCCUGGUUCCCUGAAAAUAUGAUUCCAGUUCAGGGCAGCCUGGAGCCCAGCUAUGCCAGCAGAUCCCUGCCUGCCUUCUGCCCAGACACAAAGAGUAGAGGGUGGAAAUGUUACUUGCUUUCAUUUCACAUGCAUGCAUAGAAAAGGGGGCUGUGGGAGUGGGCAGGUGGAGAGGAGAUUCCCUGUCCUGAAGCUUAUCUCUACACUUAGCUGUUUCCCCUAACCAAUUCUCUGGUGGAAAUACAGGAUUAGCAUCUGCUCAGGGCUCCAGCUGACCAAAGGGCUAUUAACAGCAUUUCCAAGCAGGACCUGGUGACCUAUGCCUUUAAUCUCAGCACAAGGGAGGCAGAGGCAGGGAGAUCUUUGACUUGGUAGCCAGCUAGGUCUACUUAGAGACUUUCAAAUGUCUCAGGGUUACAUAGAGAAACACUCUCUGUGGUGGCUUUAUUUGUUAAUAUUAAAUUGAUGAUAACUCCAAUUAAGCAAAAUCCAAAAUUGGAGAAUUCAUCUGUAAGGAACUUUUGCUAAAUUUGUAGAAAGUAAUCCACAUAUUUGAGAUAGGAAGUCUUGCUUUAUGUGGAAAUCUUUUUGAGCUUGAAAGACACAGGCCUAUAAUCAGGAUCUGUAGCAAGAAAGACACAUAUCUUUCUUAAUGUGAAUGUUGUUAUAAGAUAGGGUUUGUCUGUAGUACCCCUGGCUGUCCUGGAACUCACUUUGUAGACCAGACUACUCACAGGGAUCCACUUCCUUGAUUCAAUUCCAUAGUGCUUGGAUUAAAGGUGUAAACCACCACACCUAGCACGAGACACUGAGCUUUAAUCCAGACAUUGCAGAUAACACACACCUUUAAUUCAGGCCACACCUUCAGCUGGAGGCCUAUAUAAGAACACACAGGAAGAAAGUUUUCACUUUGCCUGCCUGUUCUCUCCUAGCUAGCAAGUCUAUUACUUCCCUGGCACUACAGCUUCCUUGUGUGUAAUUCCAUCUUCUACUGAAGACCAAGUAGAGACAUCCAUCCUCAGGAACUGAGAACUUCUGAAUUCUUGGACUUUGCUUCCCAUCCAGCUGUUGUGGAAUAAGCUCAACUACACUCUAAGGUUGAGGACUUACCCUCAGUGAUCCAUGGAAAAAGCCAAGAAGAUGAUGCUGUCCUUCCCCGGUUUUGUCAAGGAUACAUCAGAUACUGAAGAACAUGCACUGCCCAGUGCACAUGCCUUGGCAGCCCAGAGUACAAGGUGCUCCAAGUCUGAGACAUUUUGUUUAAGCAAAGAGCAAAGCCACUGCUCUGAGGAUGGCUGGGUUUUAGAAUGGGAAAUUUGUGUGUUUGAGAGUGUGGACUACCUGGAUUCCUACCACAAAUUUAAUUGUACCAUGAAGAAGAGCACAGAAGUCUUCCAGAGUGAGUGUCAGAGGGAGUCACAAGUGUCCCCAGGAGAUGUGGAAAACAACAAAGACAAAGAUACAGAGGAGCCAGACCAACCCUCACCAAGCUUGCUCAGGGAGAAAGGGCUGGAAGUUGAGACCUGUGAUGGUGGAGACUGCCCUGACAAGGAUCCUGCAUCUUACAGUGCCAGGCACCUAGGCUGCUGGGCAUGGCUUCAAAGAGCUUUUCGCCAGAAGAAGUGAGAAAGCCACCCAGAACUGUUUGGAGCCCAGAUGCCUGCUAAGACUUACAAUUAGGGAAUUUUCUGUCAGCUCCUGCUGUUACAGCAUAGGCACACAAAGGCAGUUGUGUCUUCGCAGCCAUCUGGUUUGUGUUUGUUUGUUUGUUUGUUUGUUUGUUUACAGCUUUCUUAAUAAAAUUGUUAAAAAGCUGAAAA